UGUAAACGUCAAAGUGAGAGGACGUGUUUUGACCAAUUUGCAAGCCAUCAUGAGCAAGUUUCAGCGGUACGGAAGUAACACCUUCCGUAUCGAUUAUUCGGAAGCUCCUAUUAGACCAACGCUAGACGAAACGGCAGAUUUUCUGUUUACCGUUCUUAAAACUGGCGCGGAUGUCUCGAUGGUGCAACGGAACACUGCACAAAGUGCAGUAUAUGUUACCAUGCCAACACUCGAACGUGCAUUGGCCAUAGUGAACGAGCACAACGGGAAACACUUCGUCACGCACGAGGGGAAGCAGCACAAGAUCGCAAUCGAGAUGGUGGAUGAUGCGACAGAGGUGAAAGUGCGCGAUCUGCCACCAGGGAUUCCCGACGCAGAUGUUGUUGCUGAACUGGGCGGUUUUGGUGAGGUACUCACGAUUGUUCCCGGCGUUUGGGGCGCAGAAACGCGGCUAGCUGGGAUCCCGUCGGGUGUGCGCAUUGUCCGCAUUAAACUGGCUAAGCCCAUACCAUCUUUCAUCACUGUGUGCGGAGAGGUGACAGGGGUGAUCUACCGAGGACAACAACAAACGUGUCGUCACUGCAAUGAAGCCGUACACCACGGUCUCAGCUGCAUCCAAAACCGCGUGUGUCACUUUCGGAACAACGAAAAAUCAUACGCUGGAGCCGUACGGCAGACUCCCACACCAACAGAAGUUACAACUUCACCAUCAGUGGCAGGCACUAACACUAAAGGACGCGGACGUAGAGGAAAGGUAAGAAUCACUACGCUUACUAAUACAACACCGCCCUCGUCAAGUGCUGCUCAAAACACAGCACCGCAACGUCCAGCAGGCGCAUCAAAAAUAGCUAACCGACUGGUCAUCCCGGUCGUGCCGGUUUCUAACGUUCGGCCGUCAAGCCCGAAACCGAACAAAAAAGCCAGGGAAGAGCAACCCCAAGGAAAAGCGAAUUUUAAUUAUUCUACUUCAAGCACUACGGUGGUUGCUAUGCAUGCUGCAGUUACGUCAGCCACAGCCUCUGCCGCCGCUCCUGCCGCUGUUCCUGCCGACGCUCCUGCCGCCGCUCCUGCCGCUGCUCCUGCUGUCGCUCCUGCUGCCGCUCCUGCCGCUGUUCCUGCCGCCGCUCUUGCCGCCGCUCCUGCCGCUGCUCCUGCUGUUGCUCCUGCCGCUGCUCCUGCCGCUGCACCUGCUGCUUCUGCUGCCGCUGCACCUGCUGCUUCUGCUGCCGCUGCCGCUACUGAUGCCACUGUUCUAGCCGCCACGGCAAACGAACACAUGAGAGUGGACUGCACGGCGGUAAUGUUCAAAGCACCGCUCAUAAUUCCUUCCUCCUCCUUUCCCAUCUGCUCCUUAGAUGAACAGUUUGCGGUAAAACGCAAACAAUUUCCGGAGACGGAUAACGAGAGUGACGCCUCAAGUUCAUCAACACUUAGCUUUACGAGCGUGACCAAGCGCAAGCCUGGUCGGCCUCCCAAGCGGCUCACCACUACACAACCAUGAUUUUAAUUUUGUCGCAAUGGAUACAAACAAAACAAAUCGUGGUGUUAAUGGUAGCUAUAAUUUAGCAACUAUUAACAUUAAUGCAAUAUCUAAUGCGACAAAAUUAGAAGCCCUCAGGACAUUUAUCCGGACGAUGGACUUGGACAUCAUAUUUCUUCAGGAAGUGUGUUGUGCAGAUCUCUCGAUUCCUGGAUACAAUGUAAUUAGCAAUGUUAACGUGGUGGAGAGAGGUACGGCGAUUGCUUUACGUGACCACCUA